AUGAACGCAACGUUCUACCUUUGGUGCCGAGCACUUCAGGGGAGCAGUGUGGUCUGGGGAGCCCUCGCAGGCCUUGCCUACUUUGGGAUGGUGGCAUCCUGGGGAGGCUACGUCUUCGUGAUCAACCUCAUAGGCUUGCAUGCCGGCUGUCUGUCUUUGCUGCACUACUCCGCACGUCUGCACCGUGCGUACACCGCCUUCUUCGUGGUGGGUACCGCAAUGGCCGUCGAUCUCUCAGAGGGUGCAGAUACCCGUUGUGGGCCAGGCACCACUGAGGCUCCCACGCUUUACGAGCCAUUUGGGAGCCUGGAGCAGGUUGGGCCACUGCUGGUCUUCGUCUUUGUCCAGGUUCUGGAAGGCCUUUCCGCCUGGCAGAGGAGACGCAAGCUGCGUGAUGAGGACUUCCGGCAUUGGCGCUACCAGGUCCUGUUCGGUUUCGGUGCGGCGGCGGUGCUGCUUGCAUCAGUCCUCUUGAAGCUCGGCUACGUUGCACCGGUCUCCAGCCGGGUGCGGGGUCUCUUCGUCAAGCACCGCACAGGGAACCCGCUGGUGGAUUCGGUUGCAGAGCACCAGGCAACGAGCCCGCGAGCAUAUUGGCAGUUCCUGCACCAUAUGUGCACCAUGGCCCCUUUGGGCUUUCUUGUUUGCCUCACAAGUCCCAGCGACGCGAAGGGCUUUCUGCUGAUUUACGGGGCUGUCACCUAUUACUUCUCUUCAAAAAUGAAUCGGCUGGUGCUGCUCCUUGGGCCGGUCGCUGCCGCUUUAGGGGGCGUGGGCGUGGCCUGGGCCCUGCGGUGGGCGCUACGGCAGCUUGGGAUCGAGGUCCCCGCUGGGGAAGAAGGGGUCACGGAAGAGCAGGAAAAGGACAAGGACAAGGGCACCGCUGAAGCCAGCGACGAAGGCAGCUGGAGAGAGCUGCUGGAAGAGCUGAAGCGUCCGCUGAGCCAGGCCUACGAGGAGGCGAGCUUGCAACGAAAGGCAACCGCUGGUAUCGUGCUACUGAUGCUCCUGAUCUGUGGCCUGGAGUUCGUGAACUAUUGCUGGGCUGUCGCUGAUCGCCUGUCGCAGCCGUCCAUCAUCAAAAAGCGGCGCGUGGACAACGAGGAGCUUCUGGUGGACGACUACCGGGAGGCAUACUGGUGGCUGCGUGACCAGACCCCGCAGGACGCCCGAGUCUUGGCUUGGUGGGACUACGGCUACCAGAUCAAUGGCUUGGCCAACCGGACCACGCUGGCGGAUGGGAACACCUGGAACCACGAGCAUAUCGCGCUGCUGGGGCGUUGUCUCACAGGUCCCGAGAAGGACUCCCACGAGGUAAUUCGUCACCUGGCAGACUACGUGCUCAUAUGGGCAGGUGGAGACGACGUUGCGAAGUCGCCACACAUGGCACGGAUCGCAAACUCUGUAUACCACAAUGUCUGCCCGGGCGACUCCAUGUGCACCGCCUUCCGACUGAACCGGACAACCAAGGAGCCCACUGAGACCAUGAGCCGGUCUUUGAUUUGGAAGAUGCAUGGCCAUGGUGUGGUCGACGACGUCCAGGUGGACCCAGAGCUCUUUGAGGAAGCCUACACCAGCAAGCUUGGGCUGGUACGCAUCUUCAAGGUUCUGAACGUGUCAGAGGAAUCCAAGGAGUGGGUGGCGGACCCACGAAACUGGAACUGCGAUGCUCCAGGCAGCUGGCACUGUCAGGGCCGGUACCCUCCGGCCAUCCACCGCGUCUUGGGUGAGCAGAAGGCCUUCCAACAGCUGGAGGACUUCAAUGCUCCUCGGGACCGGAAGGCGUGA